AUGGCCGCGCGGCGAAGAGCAGAGGCCAUUCGAUCCGAAGUGCCACCCGUCGCCGAUGUUGAGCCUCCCCUGCCUGUGAUUGAGGAGACAGUUCAGACACGAGAUGCCGAGUCGGAGCCGAUCGUGCUGGCAAGCCAGGAAGAACGAAGGGCGGAGAAAUGUCCUGCCGAGUUUGAGGCCGGCUCUGGAGAAGACCCUGCGGACAAACAGCCGCGUCUAGAGGAGUCGGAUACAGUUAUUCCUUUUGUGGUUCAACCAAAGAUAAAAAAUAUGUCGAUCUCCUCUGACGCGUUGGCUAUGAAAGAUCCAGCCGUGGCGCUGAGUAUGGCUUCAUCAAUUUCAUUGUCGUUUGACAAGGCGACUUUUCACUCGGAGCCAGACCUUUUGACGAUCGGAAGGAUUGCUGAGAUAAGUCGUCGCCAGCAUGACUUCAUCGAACGAAUUGGCCGUUUACAAUCUGAAGUUGAUGGCCAAAGGAGUCGGGCCGAGUUCGAAGUGGCGAGGGCAAAAAUGGAAGCUGUAAGGGCCGAGGCUGAGAUGGAGAGGGCCAGAAAUGCAAACCAGCUCAGAUUGGCUGCCGAGCAGAAGGCGAAUGUGAGCGAAGCUGCGCUGAAGUUAGCGCAAGAGGCGAUCGCCAAACUUGAGGCAGACUUGGCAGAAUCAAAGAAGGCGAAGGAAGUAGCCGAUUCUGAGGCUUCGAAGGCGUAUGAGGCUGGGCAAGGAGCUGCCCUUGCCAAUUAUGUGGAAGAACUUUUUGUUUAG